AUGGAAGUGAUGGACGUGAAUAGAGCUAAGUGUAUGGGGAAUGUACUGAUUAAAAGCAGCAUUGCUGACAUGACAGAAACGUUUCAACGACCCGAUAGUUUGGAUUCUGCCGAUAUAAUAAACGCCGAUGAUUGUUAUGAAAAUGCCACGAAUGAAGAGAAAAUAUCGCUAUUACGUUCAACUCUUUCUUUUAUGAUGAAGUUGAAGGAUAAGCAUGUUAGCGCCCAGACAUUUGUACUUGAGGUUGACGUAAUGACUAUUAGUGAUACGAUUAUACAAUAUGACGUUUAUAUAGAUAACCUAGUUCCGGAAAAUGGAAAUAUUGUGAACUCUGUAGGAAAAACGAUGAAUGUUGGAAAGGAUAACAAGGGAUCAACGGACAGCAUGAAAAACGAUCAGGUUGAUGAAAAACUUCGUCGUGCGAUAGAUAUCGUUGUAGGAUAUAGCCGAGUAAGUGAUGAAACAAAGGAACGAUUGAAAAGUGCAGUGACAGAUGUGCACUGUAAGACGAUGUCUGAACAGGAGGCUUGUCAAUGCUAUAAACUUGCUGUUUCAUACUUUCGAACUUACUACAAUAUGGUUGAAAAGCUGUUAAAUCGAGCUAAUUUAGUUAAAGAACACAAUCGAAACAUUAUUUCGGCGACGGAAGAGAGUGGAAUUGAAAUAAAUGUGAAAAAUGAACGGAUAGAGAUGUCUAGCAAAACAAGCAAUGAUGAGAAUAAUGCUGCUGGCGGUAAUCAAACAAAAGAUGAAAAAACUCAAAAAGUCAGAAGAGCACGGAAGAAUUUUACACGAGGUAUUUCUGCAAUUGAUAAGGAGCGUAUUGAUAAAUGCAUCCAUGACUAUUGUGGAACUUCCGGUAGACAUUCGAUGAAAGCGGAUGCCAUACGUAAAGCUGUAGGCAUGGUGUUAUACAAAGGAUGUACAGGAGUUGAUGCAGCGAGAGCUACCAAUUUAACACCGCGAACAGUCAUGAAGCACGUUUACACCGUACGGAAUGCUUUGAACUUACCUCAACUUCGAAAAACUAAACAGCAAGCAACAAACAGAAGCGAAGGGAAUGAAAUUAAAGAGGAAAAUUUUCUAGAAAAAGUAACUGAUAACGAUCGAGAAAUAGCGAAAAUGUUAAUUAAUGAGAAAUUUGAAUGUGUGGAAACUGAAGAUUUUUUGGGAACUGGUUUGGAACUGGAAUCAAAGAUUGAUAAGCUUUUACGAGAAUUUAGCUAUAAUGGUGAUGUCAAAAAAAUCCGCGAAGCAAUUAUAAAGAUUUUCACGGAGCAGAAGUCGUCAGAAAUAUAUAAAGCUAUAACAGAACUACCUGUAACAGUUGUCAGUUCAUACGUUCGCUUACUUAAGGGAUUUUUGUGCGCAGAAAAUAUGAUAAAGACUAAAGACACAACGAUUGCCAUACCCCGUCGUGGAAAAAGAAAGCUGUCCGAUAAUGGAGAGCGCAAUGUUAAGAGCAUUGAGCUUGUAAAGUCAUCUGAAUUAGAUGCAAUUUUUUCUGCAAAGAAAAAGCAUAAGUUGGCUAACCUUGUGCCUCGGGGAGUAUUCAUUGGGAAAAUUGAUGUGUUAACUCUUCAUCUGGAAAAUGGUGUUGAAAACGAAGAACAACUUAUUAAGAGUGUGAUUUCAUACCUUAUCGAUCACCAGUAUCGUCGUUCGGAAACAGCACAAACGAAUAUGCAGAUUUGCUUAGAACAUAUUCUUCUUGAUGGGCUCUCUGUUGCGGAAACACUGAAAAUUCAUGAUGGACCGAACGACAGCAUAUUGGAGGUAUAUUACAAACGAUGCCGUGAUGCAUAUACUGCCCUGACGGUUGACUUUCCCGCAUUUGUAUUUGAAUUAAAUUUGUUGAAUGAAGACGGAAAGAAUAGGCCUCGAAAGAAACGUUUGCGUAUGUCAAGUGUUAAAAUGGAAGAGAUAAAACCGAUUGAUGCCAUGGUGAGCAAUGUUGAUACUUUGAAAUUCGAUACUGUUGAGAAGCUAUUUAUUUCGAUUCCAGAAAAAGCGAAGACACUACUGGAUAGUUACAUAAUGAAGCUCUUGAAUAUCAAUUUUCCACUUGAAAAACGUUUGGUUAGCGGUCUUUUGCAAAUGAUAGGUGAAAAGAUGGCUAAGAAAUAUGUGUUAGACGACAAGCUCCUGGAAGAAUGUGUCACAUAUUUUUAUGAAAAAUACAACAAGGUUGCUGCAAAUGAUAGGAAGAUUAAUUUUGCUCUUGCUGGUCGAAAACAUUCAAAAGUAAUGGGUAGUUGUAUAUUUAAAAAAGCCAACAAGUCAUUUUCUACAUCAGCGAUGGUUUUACAAGCAGUUUCUAAAGUGAAAAUAUUCAUUCUAAGUGGAAACACUGGCACUGUUCAAUCUAUUAAUAAUUCUAAAAUGAAUUCUAAAGCUAGAUCGCGGACGCUUACAAAAUCAUCCAGCAAUGAAGCAAAAGACUCGGGUUCAGCCGCUAAGCAGUUAUCUGAAGAGUUGAGUCCGAUACCGGAUAGUACAGAAGUGGAACAACCUAGUGGAAGUGUUCCAGAGCAAGUGGAAUUCCUGAUUGGCGAAGACACAGAACGAUUAUCCGAUGUUACCAAUCCAGAAAUGUAUUCGACGAGGUCAUCUACAGCAAAAUCUCACAGCAGUAUCGGUGGUCGCUUUUUCAUUUGGUUCAAUCGUAUCUACCCGCUGAUGAGGAACAAAAAAGUGCGAUACUUGACAGUCGUCAAUACCAUUUUGCUGCUUAUCAAUCUCUUAACGCUUUUAUUCGUACUUGCAUUUCUGUUAGAUCAAAUCAUUCUUGCUUUCCGGAUUUCAAGCAUUAUCAAUGAUCAACCGUCACCGUGCAUUUUUACAUACGAGAAGUGGUCACCGUGUUCUGCAAGUUGCUGGGACGGGUCAUCAAAAUAUCCCCAAAUGCAACGUUAUGUAAAUAAAAGUUCGAUAGUGCAAGCACGUGGAGGUGGUAAACCGGAUUGUCCUGAUGAUUUGGACAGUCGAGUAGAUCUUGCACCUUGCAAUACCUUUAGAUGUCCUACAAAUUUGUCACAGUAUCCAUUUAUCGGUUGUUAUUACAAGCAGUCGUUGAAGGAAUCGUCAGGCGGCUGUUAUCGCAUUCGUAAUGUACCAUUAGAUGAUCGUUUGAUUUUUGUGGAUGCUAAUUUGACGGAAAAUUGUUCGGAAGCAGAAUGUAAUCGAAUUAAAUCAUUCUUGUUUUAA